ACUUUCGGACCCGGAGAGACGAGUGGGGUUCGCUACAGUGCCUGGUGCUGAAUUUGCUACAGCCUCUGGUGCUUCUGGGUUCGCUACAGCCUCUGGUGCCCCUCCCGGGUUCGCUACAGCCUCUGGUUCUUCUGAGUUCGCUACAGCCUCUGGUGCCCCUCCCGGGUUCGCUACAGCCUCUGGUUCUUCUGAGUUCGCUACAGCCUCUGGUGCCCCUCCCGGGUUCGCUACAGCCGCUGGUGCCCCUCCCGGGUUCGCUACAGCCUCUGGUGCCCCUCCCGGGUUCGCUACAACCUCUGGUGCCCCUCCCGGGUUCGCUACAGCCUGCAGUGCGCCUGGAGUCACUACAGCCCCUGGUGCUCCCGGUUCAGCUGUAGAAAUGGGAGUUGCUGCUCUCAUUUCUUCCUACGGCCGGGCGCACGGGACGGGCUUGCUCAGUGUGCCUAAUGCCGGGUGCGAUAAUAAAGCGAGCCUGCAGCAGACGGCUUUCUCGUCUCAACUCCCCCUAUACCACUCGUCCUACUCUCGUGAACUUCUGCCCGUCUCCUAUCCUUUCCCCGCCCCGUUCCCCACUCCCUUCCCCACUCCCAGAUCCCCUCCUUUUUCCUGUCCUUUCCCCGCUCCCUUCCCCGCCCCCUUCCCCCUUCCCUCCUCUUCGAACCUGACUGCCCCAUUUACCUCCCCCCCCUCAUCCCUUCUCCCUGCUGCCGCCCCACCCCAGGGCUUAAGCCUGCCCCCUCCUUACCCUGGUGUCCUUCGUUCGCCCAACCUUCCACCCACUACUCGUCCCUUUCCCCCUCAAACCCCCAAUUAUUCCUCCCCUAGUAGCCCCCUCCUGAGUCAAUUCCUCCCCAUUAACCCCCUCCCUAGUCACCCCCUCCCCAGUCACCCCUUCUCCCACUCCCACCUUCCCAGCAUCCUAUCAUCUAGCAACUCUGCACCCAAUUUUCUUUUUUCCCAGACGUUUUACCCAAUAAGCUACUCUGCUGUCCCGACUUCCCCUGCUGUUAGUAAAGCCUUCCCCAGUUCUACCUCCCCCAGUGAGCCUUGUUCCAGUUGUACCCUUCCCAAUAGCCCCUGCCUGCUGGCCCGCUCCUGUUCUGCUCCUCUCAUUGGCCCUGCCAUAAGCAACCCCUUUGGGACACUGCAAUCCACCCUUCAAAUGCCGCCCACUGCCCCACUUUCUGCUGUGCUGCAACUGCCACAGCCAUCAUUGCCCCCAGGAUCAAGGGCGCAUGAGACGGCUUUUCGGGCACCUCGAAAGUCAUCCCCACUUUCUGCUGCCCUGCAACUGCCGCAGUCAUCAUCGCCCCCAGGAUCAAAGGCGCAUGAGCUGGAGGCGUUUUUUGAGGCGCCUCAAAAACGGCCGCCCACCGCCGCUGCUGCCCCGCUCCCUGCUGCCUUGCAAGUGCCGCAGUCAUCGUCCCCCCCAGGAUCAAGGGCGCAUGCGAUUAAUUUUGGAACACCUCGAAAGUCAUCGACACUUUCUGCCGCUCUGCAAGUGCCGCAGUCAUCGUCUCCCCCAGGAUCCAAGGCGCAUGAGCUGGAAGCGUUCUUCAAACGAAGCCUCAGCCUCGAGUCACCUUGCGGGAAAGAGAUCAACAUGCAGGGAGAAAAGGAGGGGGGAGGUGGUGGGCGGUGGCAAGUGGUAGCAGCAGCAGCAGAAGAAUCAGCAGCAGCAGCAGCAGCAGCAGCAGCAGCAGUGGUGUGA